AGUGGUUUGUCUUUCCUUUCGCGGCCUAUUAGAUCGAAAAAGGCGCCUCCUCCUCUCACUUUCCAUGCCCGCGCCACCACAACUGACUUGUCUUGCUCUUUCCCGCCCCACCUCGUUCUCUCGACAGAGUCGCCGUUGCUCGCCUCCUCUCUCCGACCACCUGGCCGCCCUUUUUAGAGCUCCUGAAAAUGCAGAGCGCGGCGUUCAGUCCUCUCUCUCCUUCCGUCACCUUCCGCAAGUCGCGACGGAGCCAUAAGCUCAUCCCAAGCUCUGGUUCCAGCUCUGGUUCCAGGUCUGAUCCCAUACGCCUCUCGGUCUCCUCCCGAACUGAUCGCAUUCCUCCCGACGCCGUUUCUGGACUCUCCGCUUCUGCCUUGCCGCGGAGGUCGUGGUUCUCGAGCCCGGUAUCUUCCUCCUUCUCUCCUGUCUCUGGACCAAGACCGUGGAGUGGUGUGCAUAACUUUGGCACCGAUCGCGAAUCGGAUCGGUUCGAGGUUCGUGCAGCGCCCGUGCUUGAAGUCUCCGGAGAAGGAGAGCAGUCCGGCAGCUUGUCGAGAACGUUGGAGCUCGGAUUACUGUUUGGACUCUGGUAUAUCUUCAAUAUCUACUUCAACAUUUACAACAAGCAGGUUCUGAAGGUGUUCCAUUACCCAACAAAUGCUACAUUGGUGCAAUUGGCUGUAGGAUCUGUGCUUGUGCUUUUCAUGUGGACUUUCAAUCUCCAUAAAAGGCCUAAAGUCAGCGGUGCCCAGCUCUUGGCAAUUCUGCCUCUUGCGGUGGUGCAUAUACUGGGAAAUUUUUUCACCAAUAUGAGUCUCGGAAAAGUGUCUGUCUCGUUCACUCAUACGAUCAAAGCCAUGGAGCCGUUCUUCUCAGUUAUCCUAUCUGCUAUGUUUCUCGGAGAGAUGCCAACUCCCUGGGUUGUGGGUUCUCUAGUACCAAUUGUUGGUGGAGUCGCUCUAGCAUCAAUGACAGAGACUUCUUUUAACUGGGCCGGGUUCUGGAGUGCAAUGGCUUCCAAUCUGACAAACCAGUCACGUAAUGUUCUUAGCAAAAAAGUCAUGGCCAAUAAAGAGGAUUCCAUGGACAACAUAACACUCUUCUCAAUUAUAACAGUCAUGUCUUUCUUCCUAUUAUUCCCUGUGACAUACUUCACAGAAGGCUUCAAGUACGCCCCUUCAUUCCUGCAAUCUGCUGCAGAGUCUGGCAUAAAUGUUAAACAGCUGCUCACAAGGUCGCUUCUUGCAGCUCUGUGCUUCCAUGCUUAUCAGCAGGUUUCCUAUAUGAUACUGCAGAGGGUUUCCCCUGUUACCCACUCCGUUGGCAAUUGUGUAAAGCGAGUGGUGGUUAUUGUCAGCUCAGUUAUAUUCUUCAAAACAGCCGUCUUGUUUAUUAAUUCACUGGGAACGGGUAUAGCACUUGCUGGAGUUUUCCUAUACUCGAGGGUAAAACGGAUUAAACCAAAGCAGAAGGCAGCUUGAAGACCCUAUCGUCAGAAUUUUUUGCUGGUAGGUCGAGUGGUUAGUCUUUUUACCAGUAGAAUCUUAGUCAUGUGAUAAUUGGAAAUACGCCCAUUGAAGAUGGUUUAGGGAAUUGGUUCUCCGUGUGUUUGUUUGUGGGGUCUAUUUCAUUUCUGAGAUGAUUCCAUUCAUCCCAGACAUCUUGUCUAAUGAGCAGACUGAGAGCAGAAUUUGCUUCAAUGUUUCUCCGCUGCCUCUAAUAUGAACGGAAACAUGUGAAUGCUAUAUUGUUUGGCUCAACUUUUUUAGACGCUUGUA